UUUUAAAGAAAAUUCAGCCAAAAGUUUACUGAGAUUCGGUAGUGACAGUCGUGAGUCGCGAAAACAUACAUAUUUUGUUAAUUUCUAAAUUUUAUUUGUGCCUUUAAAAAACUACAUAAACUCAGUUUAAAGAAGCAAUAUUAUUGUCACGAAUAAAACUAUGCAUUUAAGGUGUCAUCCUUUUUAUCAGUGCACUGAGGACGAGAUGUUAGAGAUCCGUAAAGAGGUGGGAUUGAAAGAAAGCAUUCUUCAAGAAGACAUUGAUGCUAUACUGGAUUGGUUUUAUAAAGAACCUCAUUUAGCUGACGCCUUUAUAGAUCGCGAUUACGUUGAAAAUAUGCUGAUAACAACAAGAUGUUCCCGCGAAAAAUGCAAGCGAAAAAUUGAUAACUUCUACCGACACAGGCAUUAUGCGCCAGAAAUAAUUCAACCAAGAAUUAAAGAACUAUCGGAUCCUGAUUACGACCCUUGGCCUUUCUACUGUCAAACAGCCAUACCUAAAUUGUAUAAGGGCAAAAGGAUUUCAGUGUUAAAAUUAACAGAUCCGAAUCCUAGCAAUUUUCAUAGUGAGAUGGUUAUAAAAAAUACAAUACUGCUGGGAGACUUGAGAUUAAAGUACGACUACAUGUUAGGAGAUAUUUGGAUAAUAGACAUACUACAUGCUUCUAUCGGACAUCUGUUACGAAACAACCCGAUGAUGCUGCAAAAAUUUGCACGACUUGCUCAGGAAGGGAUAGGUUUUAAGAUUUAUGAAAUUCAUAUAGUAAACGCUUCGUCGUUUAGUCAGCAUAUGAUAAAUAUUUUUAAACCAUUAGUGAAGCCAAAAAUAAUGGAUCGUGUUAGGUUCCACGAGAGUAUUGAAGACAUUCAGAAAUUUAUUCCAAAGGAGUACUUGCCCAAAGAUUUUGGGGGUGAUCAGCCAUCUUUGGAUGAAUUUAAAGACAUGUAUAAAAAAGAGAUUCAAAAACCGCUCUCAAAGGAUUAUUUAAUAAAAUGCUGCAAGCAAGUUUCAAACGAAGAAAAGAGAACCGGUGAAAAAUACGACGAAGACUAUUUAAUGGGAUCAUUCAAGAAAUUGGACAUAGAUUAAUUUUGUGAACCGGUGUUAGGUGUCAAUGGAGUUUUGACUUUAUAAAAAUAGUUCCAGUUCUUUGUACUUUUUUAAUUUAUUAUUUAAUUUGAAUAAAAGAAGAUGUAGGUACAUGAA